AUGGAAGGAGGGUCAGGGGCCUUCAGUUAUACUCCCGCUUCAGGUUCCAUUGACAAAUCAAGGGUUUUAGAUGUGAAACCCCUUCGUACUUUGACCCCCGUGUUUCCAUCCAAUCCUCAAGGUCCUCCAUUUGCAUGUUCACCUCCUUUUGGUCCUUACCCACCCGGGUUUGCUCCAUUUUACCCCUUCUCUCCACAACAAGGAGGCGGCCCUGAGCCCAAUCAGGCACCCCAAACUCCAGCUGUGCCACUUCGUUCAUUCCGAGCUCCUCAACCAAGCUCCCAUGAGAAUGGAACAGGUGGUGCUUCUCCCUCUGAUCCUCCUAAGCGCGCUGGCCGUCGACCUGCCGUCCGGACCACACCUACUCCCAAAAGGGUAAAGAAGGGACCAGAUGACUUUUUGCUGCCUAUUCCUAAUGAUAGUGUUGUUUUGGGGAUCACUGAGGCUCAAAAGGAAGACGGCGAUAGAAGUACUGUUCUUAGUGUUCUGAUGAGGUUUGAAGCUCUAAGGAGAAAGGUUAGCCAACUAGAGGAUGUGAAGGACGCGCAGCAUAAUGGAAAAAGCAAGAGUGCUCAUUUAAAAGCUAGCGCUAUCCUAAUGAGCAACAACAUAAGGACCAACUCUAAGAAGAGAACUGGACAUGUCCCUGGAGUGGAGAUUGGUGACAUCUUCUUCUUCCGGAUGGAGAUGUGUUUGGUUGGUUUGCAUGGUCAGCCUAUGGCUGGCAUAGAUUAUAUGAUUGUAAGGAGUGAUAGAGAGGAUGAGCCUCUAGCUACGAGCAUCGUUUCAUCUGGUAACUAUGAUAAUGCUGCAGAUGAUACGGAUGUCCUUAUCUAUAGUGGUCAUGGUGGAAGCUCCAACAAGAAUAAGGAAGCAUCCGAUCAGAAGCUGGUGAGGGGUAAUCUUGCAUUGGAGAGGAGUCUACAGAAGGGGAAUGAAGUCCGGGUCAUUCGGGGCCUGAAAGAUGCCAAUGGUCCAGCAACAAAGGUUUAUAUAUAUGAUGGACUUUAUACAAUUCAGGAAUCAUGGGUGGAGAAGGCGAAAACGGGUUGCAAUAUAUUUAAGUAUAAGAUUGUUAGGAUGUCUGGUCAACCUAGUGCCUUUUCUAUCUGGAAAUCUGUGGCGGAGUGGAAGGAGUCAGUUUCUUCGAGAGUGGGACUGAUUUUGCCUGACCUCACUUCAGCAGCUGAAACUAUACCGGUUUCGCUUGUGAAUGAUGUUGAUGGAGAAAGAGGGCCUACUUGCUUCACGUAUCUCGCUUCUGUUAGAUAUUCCAAGUCAUUUAAAUUAUCUGAUCAGCCUUCUUUAGGCUGCAACUGCCGUAAUGCAUGCCAAUCAAGUGAUGAUAACUGCGCUUGCAUGAUAAAAAAUGGGGGGCAUUCCCCAUAUAUUGGCAAUGGAGUUCUCGUGUCUAGGAAGCCCUUAGUUUAUGAAUGUGGUCCUACAUGUCCUUGCAUAGCGAACUGCAAGAACCGUGUCUCUCAGACUGGUCUGAAAGUUCACUUGGAAGUUUUCAAAACAAAGGAUAGGGGUUGGGGUCUAAGGUCAUGGGACCCUAUUCGUGCCGGCACUUUUAUAUGUGUUUAUGCGGGUGAAGCAACAAACAAGGCUAUUGAUGGAGAAGAAGGCUAUAGUGAUGACUAUGUCUUUGAUACAACCCGGGUUUAUGAUUCGUUCAGGUGGAAUUGUGAACCUGGGUUCGUAGAGGAGGAUCUUAAUGACACUAAUGAGGAAUAUGAUAUCCCAUAUCCUCUUGUCAUAAGUGCAAAAAAUGUUGGAAAUGUGGCCCGGUUCAUGAAUCACAGUUGUGAGCCAAACACAUUCUGGCAACCUGUUGUGUAUGAGAAUAAUGGUGAAGCCUAUCUGAAUGUUGCUUUCUUUGCAAUGAGGCAUAUUUCACCUAUGACAGAGUUGACAUAUGAUUAUGGGACGCCCCACACCGAUGUUCCUGGGGGUAGCAAUGGACAGGUUAGGAAGAAAUGCUUAUGUGGAUCUACCAGAUGCAAAGGCUAUUUUGUCUGA